AAACGUGUAAACAAAAGUAAUUUUUUAAAGAAAUAUAUACAAAUAUGUUAUAAUUUGUAUCGAUGGUUGAUACGUUUAUUUUAAGACAAAUUUGUAAAGAAAUUUAAAUGUAUUAUAUAUAUUGUGUAUACACACACAUACACACAUAAUAUGUAAUAUUAAAUUUCCAAUAACUUUUAAAUCAAGUACUCAACGUGUUGUAUAUUUUUUACAUAGAUACAAAAAAACUAUUUUUUUAGUAUAUAUAUAUUUAUAUACAAAUAUUAAAUGAACUGAACUAAAUAAACUCUCUUACUAUUGUACAUAAAUUUUUAUAAUAUAUAGCAUUAUAUCUAUACGGAAAGAACAAUUUUAUUGCAGCAUCUAAAAAUUUAGCUAGAUACAUAGAUCAGAAAAUAAUAUUAUGUUGGGCCAACAAAAUAACUAUAUAGAACGCUCAAGCACGUGAUAAUACUUUUGCAAACAGUUUGGACAUUCUAGCAAGUUAAACAUUCGACACAAUUUUUUAAAUAAUUCAACAUAAUUAUUUUUUUAUCUGUCUUUCAGCAAAACUGCUCUUUUUGUGUAUGAUAUUACAAAUAUAUCAUAAAGAAACAAAAAUUAUAUAAAUGUAUACUAGAUACUAUAUUCAUGCUGUAAUUAAUGUGAAUACUUUCACAUUUGAUAUACGAUCGCACUACAUUAUCUACUUGCAAAGGGAGAAAUGCACCCUACAAGGUAUUGAAAGAAACUGAAACUCUUUCCAUUGCCAAAAGGAAAAAAGUCAUGACUGCGUUUGCGCAAGAAUAUUCUUUAUCUUACAUGUUAAAGAAAUAUUAUUUUUUAUUACAAAUUGUGGUAAUUUAGACUAAUUCACUUUCGUCUAUAACAUAAAUUCAUUAUACCAUUAUUAAGAAAAUAUAACCACUUUUUGCGAUUGCUCACGUCGCGCGAGAAUAUCGAUCGUUUAAAAUUCUCAGAAAAAUGGCUUUCAUGAAAAAUAAUCCGUCAAUCUAAAGUCCGUACCACACAGUAGUCUAGCAAUUCUCGUGUGAAAUGCAUACGAUAGAGCGCUAUUACAAACUCAAUAGAAUACUUCUUGAAACGAUGGGCUUAUGGCCCUAUCACUAUACAUAUGUUACACAACUGCAGAGAACAUUAUUUAUCACUGUUCUUAUAACAUUUAUUAUUGUUCAGUUACUGGCAUUCUUUACAAAUCAAUACACUACACAUCUCCUUCUUCAGAUUCUCUCAUUUGUCUUUCCUAUUUUUAUCAACACGGUACAAUAUUGUCUUUUUAUCGUUCAAACAGACAAUUUAAAGCAACUACUGGAGCAAAUCCAAGAUGACUGGAAUUCGUUGAAGGAUAAGUUGGAAAUUAAUAUUUUAGACAGAUAUGCUUGCAAUGCAAGGUUUUGCACAAAACUUUUAAUAGUGUAUUGCUGUUUUGGCUUAUUAUUUUGCGGGCUAUUCCAAUUACUGCCGAUAAUUCUUGAUGUUAUCGCACCGUUAAACGAAUCACGGCCCUGUGAACUUAUCGUAGUCACGGAAUACUUUGUCAAUAAAAAAAAAUAUUUUUACAUUACGCUGUUACAUGAAACAUUAGGCUACUUAGUAGGAGCUGCCAUAUUCUGUUCUACAAGUGCGAUAGUUAUGAUAUGUAUUCUGCACGCAUGUGCACUAUUUGAAAUCGCAAGUUGCCGAAUAGAAAAUGCGAUACCGAAGAGUACAUUAAUGAUCCCUACAUCUAAAAGAGAGUAUUUUCUUUACCGGAAGAUUGUAUAUGCGGUUAUUAUGCAUCAAAGAGCCAUCAAGUUUGUUAAACUUAUGACAACCAGUUUUGCGACAUUAUUCUUGAUUCUAAUCAUACUUGGCAUCAGUUCUUUAAGUUUUAAUCUCUUUCAAUUCCUACAAUUAAUAACGCUAAGAAAAAAUAGUAGCCAAACAUCUACAGUCGGCAUAUUGAUACUACUACAUUUGAAUUAUAUGUUUAUUACUAAUUAUGGUGGACAAGAAUUGUUGAAUCAUGGUCUAAAGCUUUUCAAAGUAACUUAUAAUGGACUGUGGUAUAUAGCUCCGUUACGUACACAAAAACUAUUAUUAUUUAUAAUGCAAAAGGGAACAAUAAACAUUGGUUUAACGUGUGGCAGCAUAUUUGUUGCAUCCUUAGAAGGUUUUGCUACGGUAAAACUAACGCUUUUUCCACGACACACAACUCAAACUUUAAUGUUUAUUUAAUCUACAGAAUAACAUGUUUUUUCAGCUCGCAAAUGUGACAGUAUCCUACUUUACAUUGAUUUAUUCCAUGCGAUAAAGCAAAGUAAAAAAAAAAGAUUAUUUAUUGGACAUAUCUUUAUUAAAUUGACAGAAAAGUAUGAUAUACAUAUAAUAUAAGUUUGUGUUAAACAUGUGUUUGUAUAUUGAAGAAAAUAAACAUUCUUUUACUUGUAAUAUUUUAUAUCAAUAAACAGAUAAUUGAUCGAAAAA